UAGUAUGGAGAAAGAAGUAGCAGUGUCCUACGAGAGCAGUUCACUCGGCAAGAUAGUGAACUCAUAACCUCAGACAUCGUUGAGCCUAAUGGUCAGCAUGUGCAGAAACAGGCCCAAUAGUUCUGCAUUGAUAGUUUUCCUUUUAGGAAUUUCUUUUCUGUGGGAAAUUCCAAUCUGCAACCACCUCUAAACCAUGUCUAUUUCCUGAGCUGUGCUCAAUAGAGAUCACUAUGGCAACUGGAAGAAAUGUGAUGAGAGCUGUCAGAGUUUCUGAAUUUGGUGGACCUGAAGUGCUUAAGCUCCUGUCAGAUGUCUUAUUGCCAAGUCCCAAAGAAAAUCAGGUCUUAAUCAAAGUCCAUGCGUGUGGCAUAAACCCAGUGGAGACAUAUAUUCGCUCUGGUACUCAUGCUAGAAAACCAGCUUUACCUUACACUCCUGGCACAGAUGUUGCUGGAGUAAUUGAAGCUGUUGGGGAGCAUGUAACUGUAUUCAAGAAAGGUGACAGGGUUUUUACUAAUGGUACCAUCUCUGGUGGUUAUGCAGAGUAUACAGUUGCUGCAGCUGAUACAGUCUUCCCUUUGUCAGAUAAAUUAGACUUCAAGCAAGGUGCUGCCAUUGGAAUCCCGUAUUUCACUGCUUAUCGUGCACUCUUCCAAAAAGGUUGUGCCAAACCAGGGGAAACUGUGCUAGUCCAUGGGGCAAGUGGAGGAGUCGGAAUAGCAGCAUGCCAGAUUGCCAGAGCUUAUGGUUUAAAAGUUUUAGGUACAGCUGGAACUAAAGAAGGAAUGAACAUAGUUUUGAGAAAUGGUGCCCACAAAAUGUUUAAUCACAGAGAAGCUGAUUAUGCUGAUAAGAUACAGGAAUUCGCUGGUGUGCAGGGAGUCGAUGUGAUAAUAGAAAUGCUAGCUAAUGUUAAUCUUGCCACUGACUUAAAAUUACUGUCCUCUGGAGGAAGGGUGAUGAUUGUGGGGAGUAGAGGUCCUAUUGAAAUAAACCCCAGAGACACAAUGAUGAAAGAAUCCAGCAUAAUAGGGGUUAGUCUGUUUUGUGCAACUAAGAAGUUGAUGCAUGAAUGUGAAGCAGUGCUUCUUGCUGGUAUCGAAGCGGACUGGCUUAAACCUGUGGUUGGCCCUGAAUAUCCAUUGGAAAAAGUUGCUAAGGCUCAUGAAAACCUCAUUAACAGCAGUGGUGCUUUGGGAAAGAUGGUGCUCCUUAUAUAAUAAGUCAUGUAAUAAAAGUUUUUUUUUCACUUAAAUUAUGGUUGUUCUAAUUACAUCCAGUCUUAUAUGGCCCAUUUAGCAUGUUUUACAUAAGGCUGAUCACAUAUUUUAUAGUAAUAGCAAGCACUAAUUUAGACAGGGAAGAUAUCUUAAAUGAAAAUACUUUUUUAUGUAAUGAAAAACAAAGAGUUAAUCUGUAUAAGUACUUUUCCAGGUCAGCUAAAUGAAAAUAAAAUGUAUCUUUUCUUUC